ACGUAGUAGGUUAGUAUUGGGUUUUGGGACGUUACCCUCGCAUUUUCCAUUCUGUGCUAUGGUAAAGCGCUCCCUAAUAAAAGUGACGUCACUUCCUUGCCCAUCCCAACAAGGAGGGGGAAAAAAAGAAAUAUCCGAGUAGAGCGCCGCCAAGAUAUUAGCUACGAGGAGAAAACAAGAAAACAGGAUUUAAACCGUUUAUAAAAGACGUCUGGACGUAAGGGAAUAAGAAAGUCGAAGUGUGACUAGGAUUAAGGAGUACUCUACAUAUUUGUCUAAUUCCAAUGCCACUACACAAGUCGGGCCGGGCUCACCGCCUGGAUCCCACCAUGAUCUCUGCCCCGCUCGGCGACUUUCGCCACACCAUGCAUAUCGGCCGUGGUGGAGACGCCUUCGGAGACACCUCCUUCUUGUCCAGUCAUGGCCCCUCCAACCCAGAGCCUUUGAAGUCCAUCACCUCUCCUGUGGAGGACACCAGUGACUCCACAGAAGUGAGGCUAAAUCAUGCAGCUGACAGCAAAACCCCUGAUGAACCCUUUACAGAACUCCAGCACUCAGAAUCAGUCUCAUCCUUCGAUCUGGACCUAGACCUGGGGCCAUCCAUUUUGGGAGAUGUGCUGGGAGUGAUGGAUGGACUGGGUUUGGGCAGCAAGUGGACAAUGGGCAACGAAGGUGAAGAAGAAGUGUUUAUCUCCGGUAAGAGCAGUGCAGAUGGUGGGAUAUCAACCAAUGGUGCAACUACUGACCUGAAUGAGAAGAGGAUACACAGUCUGAGCAGUGGAGAGGAGCAUAUAAACGAUGUCAAUGGUAUCAAAUCUAAGGGGCUACGGCCGAAGGUGCGAUUUAGCGACAAAAAGGAGGAGAUCGUUGGUCGGCAGUAUGUAGGUGGUGAAUUAGAGCUGGAAUGUGAGAAGGAAACGAAUACAAGUCCAGUUGGAGGAAUGGAGGUGAGGGCUGAAGGAAUGGCUAAUAAAGGAGCCGUGAAACCAGAGCUGACGAAUCACCGGCCAGACGUCAGUCCCAGUCCAUCUUCUUCAGUGAGCUCAGAAUAUGAAGGCAUCUCCCCAUUGGACAGGAGGAGAGAGGAGGACCAUCUGUCAGAGUCGGAUUCAGACGAAGAGGGCGUUGCAGGAGAGCAGGGCUAUACGUUUGAGGAUGAGUCGGAUGAUGAGAUUGGCCUUUAGGAGUCUAAUGAUGGGUAUGUAAAGAUCAAGCAGAGAAAAGUAUCAGCAAAAUGCUUUUUCGAAUAACAUAAAAGGGAGAAACUACCAAAGUAAAAACAACUCUAUGAAACAGGAGGAACUGGACUUGUUAGUAGAAAAAGGUCACACAUAAAUAGAGGCUGAAAAUUUUAUUUUAAAAAUACUUUUCAAAACUCUAAGAAAACAGUAGUUUGUCAUGAAAAACAAUGUUUUUCAGGGGUAGAACUGUAGUAUUAUAAAGAAAUUACAUUUCUAUUAGUACUAUUAGUCCCACUAAAGCCUUAGACAAUGGAAUGCAUUUAAUAUUUAAUAUUAUAAAACAAUUAUUAUAAGUUUAAUAUUGUUGCUAUCAUAUCAUUGUUAAACUGGGAUCUCUUAAGUUUCAAAACAUAUUACCUGGGAAUGUUAAAUGGUAGACAUGCAGUCUGUUUUUAGCUGUUUAAUAAAUCAUCUCAAUACAGGAGUAAAAAGGUUGAGCCAAAUACCAGUAUUCCACAAAAGUUGGUUAAAAAUUUUAUGUCCUUUAGUGUAUUAGUCUCUUUUUAAAGAAACUCCAUAUUGUUAUUAUUUUUAAAUACUAUAGGACAAAAGUAAAGUGAGAACCUUUCAUUUACUUAAACAAAUUUAUUCAAAUUAAUGUUUUGUUAGUCUGUUAUGAAAAUACAUGAGUGAAUUGUGGUAUCUAUGUAUAACUGUAUCAGCAAGUUCCUAAGGUUAAAAACAUGUUGAUUUAAUAUUCAUAAUGGCAUUAAAAAAGCCAGAGCUGGUCUAAAAUGAGCUGUGUAUGUGAGUUGUGGAGAUUUUACUGGAGAAUUUUGGGUGUUCCUGUGGGAGUGACAAACACAAUGGGUGGAAAAAACAGUGGGUGAACAUCGUGCGGAUAGAUCGCAGGUGCUCGGUUUACUACGACUGACACAGUUUAAUAUAGUGCUUACUGCUAUUGCUCUUCUACACCUUAGGGAGUUUAGUGUAUCUGACACACAACCUGGUAUCUGCUGUUUAAGUUUAAGGUACAUGAAGAGAAAAUAUAGUAUCAUGAUAGGGAACAUACUGAAAGAACAUUGAAAAUACAACAGUUGGAAAAGCUACUAUAAAAAUGCUGUUAACUAACUUAAUUUUAACUUUAAAAAAGUUAUCUGUACAUUUUCACUGCACAUCUCUGUGCAUAUGACAUUUACAUAUUCACUCAAACCCUUCUCUGCUUAGAUAAAUGGAAAGGUUGUGAUGAUCAUUUAAGGUGUUUAAGGUGAUAGUUAUAUGGUGUGCAUUAAACAGUCCCUCCCGGAUUUUGCGAUUUUGAAUUAAAUUAAUGCAGAAUCAAGGAAACUCUGCAAUAUUCGCAAGAGCUUGCAAUUUUUCUAAAUUACCACAGAUUUGGGCCAAUAUACAUCAUGUAACGUCAUCACAACACUCAUUCAGCCAAAGCUAAAGGUCUUAUUUACCAACAAACAUCACAGUGAAAGACCAAAAAACCCAAACAGUUUUACGCAAAAAAGCUCCGCAAAUUGCAUCGCAAAUUUGGGGGAAAAAAACCCUGCGAAAUCCUGUAAAGACUUAUUAAAUGUUGCCAUGUAUUGUUUUACCAAUGAUCAGCACAUACCUAGUUGUGUACAGCAGAAGAAGAAACAGUGUGCUUAAACCACUUUAAAUAACUAUGUCUUACUUCAGUCAUAUCUGUCUGUUUUAAUAGCCAGUCAUUGGAGUUUACAUGUCUCAUAGAGACCACUUUCCUAUUAAAAAGCCUGUGUUUUCCCACUGAAAUAAAACUUUAGAGCCAAAUCAGGAUAGCUGGAGAACUGCCUACUGGUUUAAACUGGAUUUAUUGGGAGGUAAUUAUGGACAAGUUGCAUUAAAGCUUAGUUUCACAAUAAUUGUUUUAAGUAGCAAACUGCAUGACUUUGUAAAUUGUUUUUUUUUUUGGGGGGGAGGUUUUUUCUUCUUCUCAGAAACAAUGUCUUAAACAGCUCCUUUUAUAAAAUAACCAUCUGUUCACUUGUAAAUAAUUUGAUAUAAUGAUGAUUAAACACCUGACAAUUUGUUCUUGGGGUGUUUAUUAUUUUGAAUCCAUACACAUAUGAACCACUUUUCAGAUAUUUGUCUUAUCUCAGCUUGGAAAGGAAUAAACAUGUCUUCAUAAAUCCUGAUCCAGAUUUUUCAAAGCCACUUCAGUCAUUAAAAACCACUUUCUCAUUAUAAUAUUUAGCCUUUGUGCAGCCUUUACAUGCCACACUGUGAUCCUUUAGCAGACCAGUAGGCCUUUCUGUUGAAACUAUACAGGCAGAUGGUGUAAUCACAGCUUAGUUUGAAAAGAUAUGCAUGGAUACUCUUGAAUACAGUUGUACACCUGAAAUCUCAAAAAUGUAGUUAGAGUUGUAGCUUAGUUACAUUGCUAGGUACUGCCAAGAUUCCCAUCUAUAAUUAUUUGGGCUGCUGCCAUUUUAAAGAAAGGUACCACAACAAAAGCCAUUAUGUCUGUUUUUUACAAAAAAUAAAGCCAAAACUGGUGCAGUUAGUUCAAAUUGGGAUGCUGUCAUAAAGGUCUAAACCAUAGAAUAUCUCUCAAACCAGAAUGUACAAAGUGUCUGUAACUAUAUUUCACUUUUAUUAUAAACCAUAUAUUAACUGGUAAAUCACUCCACAUGGUGCCGGUUAAACACCUGCCAGAAUUGUCAGCUCAAGUUUUCAACUUCAUCAUUGAAACGCAAGCAAAAUCAGUUUAUAACAUCAACUGUGAAUGGCCAAACAGAAACCAACCCCAUUUUUUUAGCUAAUGACAAUCAGUUGUGUAAAUUACUUUAGUAACCGCUGUGAUUAUGAUGUAAUAGAGCAGCGAACACAACGUGUACUGCAGGCUAUGUCCACAUUAAUCUGGAUAGAUCUGAAAAGUGCAUUUUUGUUUUAAAACACUCUCCCGUCUAUACUGCCGUUUUCAAAAAAUUGAUCGUCCACACUGAAAUGGCAGAAAACACUUAUAAGCCUAUAAUGUACAUGCGUAAAAAUGUAAGCAGCUUUGGCCCGUGUCAUCUCAGUCAGGCGUUUAUUUAAGAAUGCAAUCUGAAGGUUGUACAAAGUGACAUUAAUCUUUAACAAAGCUAUCAAACUGGAUAGCAGGCACAACAACUGCAGUACCGUCUUGUUUGUUUUGAGCUGAGUGGGUCAUAUGACCAAAAAUGUAAUUGUUUUUGAAUAUCUAUUUUUUCAGUCCACACUACAAAGUGGAAACGGCAUUUUCAUAUUUCAAAUGCUGUCUCAGUGUGGACAGAAGGCCAAAAAAGUAGCGAAAAAGAAGCGUUUUCAAAUUUAUCCAGAUUAAUGUGGAUGUACGCACAGUUGUAAUUAAACUACAGGGUGACCCAAUUGUCUCCAUCCAACACCACAUCAGUUGUGCUUUCGUCAGUGGAUGUCCGUGGACUUCUCGGUCGGUCUGCUUCACUUCCAGUCUUUUUGAAUUUGUUAAUACGUUUGGCAGCAGUGUUGUGUGUGUGUGAUGUGCUCGCCAUGUUUCCUGUUAAAGUCCAUCGUAACCUUGCAACAGUUUCCUGAUCCAGCCAUGAGAAUGAUUCUUAAAGGCUAUCUGAAAAAAUAUAUAUAAUAUAAACUAAAUAUGAAUUUUUUUGGAAGAUAUUAAGUGUUAAUUUCCACUUUUGUAUGGAGACUUGUGGGUCAUCCUGUAUUUGUCAGACCAGUUCUGCCUGUAAGCUCUUGAAGAACCUGCAUUUAUGUGUACACCAUGGAACACUGCACUUCCUAUAUGUGAUGCUAUUGGUAUUGAAAUCUGCAAUAAUAAAUGUAUGUCUUUAUUUCCUA